AUGGCUGCCGCCAUCCGAGCCCCGAGUAGUGGUCCCUGGCCAGUCCAGAACAGGAAAGCCAUCCUUCGUGGGACCAAACGUGCCUGGACCCCGACCCCUCUGCAGGAAGAAGGGCAGCGGGGCUCCAAUUCCGAGUCAGACAACAUCAAGCGGGACAGUAUUCGGAAGUGGCUGGACUCUGGUUUUUUUUCAUCUGCAAAUGAAGAUUUAUCAGAAGCCACUGACCAAACUGGUGAGUCAAUCAAUCAAUCAAUCAAUCAAUCUGACACCAAUUUGCUUUUGUUUACAGUUUCCCUGAGUGAGCAAGAAAUACUUCAGGGGACAGCGAAAGGACAGUGGAGUAUAUCCAAAUGGCUGGAACUUUGGCAGAAAGACCCUGAGGAGAUUCUCCUGAACCUGGGGUUUGGGGCUGACGAGCCAGACAUCUGCACUAGAAUCCCCAUCCGCUUCCUCCGCUGCCACUCCUCCGCCAGGGGGAUUAACAUGCGGGUCUUCCUGGAGGCGCAAAAGAUGCGCUUUGACAUCGAGAGUCCUGACUUGUGUGAACGCUUUCUCCAACUGGACAUCCUCGAUCACGUGACGAGCGUCUUCUCCUCUCUGCUGAAUGACACCAGCGCUCCAGGCCAAGAGGAGGCUGAGGGGGAAGAGGAGCAGCGGAGGGUCCAAGAAGCCCCACACAAGGGGCGGAGACGGACUGGCCAGGUUUUGAGGAGGGUUUCCAACCGCCUGAAUCAGCUAGCCCUCAACCAGGGGCCCCCGGAGUCCCCUACAGGACGCCAGGAUGGGGCCAGCUUUUCUGGCCGCCACCUUUUGGCAUCUCUAGCAGAGAAACGCUGUCCCACGGUGAUGGAGGAGGUCGGGGAUGGAGGAGCCUGGAGCAGGACCAACCCAGGGCCUCUUGUCCCGGUGCCGUCACCGCCGCCCAACACCCCCGGCAGGCCCGAGGCAACACCCCAAGGUCAGGCCAUGAAGGAGCCUGAUCUUCCUCUGCCGCAUGCCCUACGGACCACUUCCCGCCAUGGAUCGAAGCCCCCGGACUCUUUUGAAAUGGAAGAGAUCCAGAGCUUUGAGGAGGAAACUGGGAUCUCUCCGGACUUCUUUUCAGGGGCAGCAGGGUCCGGAGUGACAAGAGCCUGCAGCUGCCAAUCGGACAGCAGCGGUUUUCAGGAGGAGCCUCUGGAGACCUUCUUACUGCGGAACCCAUCAGCAUUGGGCCGCAGGAAUCUCGGUUGCAGCGACGGCCAGAAACUGGCAGCUCCAUCCCCUGACUCUGAAGAGCCCCGAGCUGUCUCACAAGUGGCUGGGGACCCCUCCCCAAGCACAGCCCCUGGACCCCCCCGGGACAAGAGGGGCUCUCCCCCUCCAAGCUCGGGCCUGAGAGUCUGGGAAGAGAAGAGCAUCCAUUUACCAGAGCAGGGUGAGGAAAAUCCUCUGGCUUGUCCAGCCCGGGUUGGAACCCUGGCUGGAUGUGUCCAAGAUGGCCACCCUGACAUCAAGGAAAAGCCGGGAUUUCAGCUCCUUCCACGCCAAGUCAUGGAUCAAAAGGAUGAGGGAGGCCUAGUCAUCUCCCAUUAUGACUGCUUCCUCGGGUUUACCGUGGCCCGGGUGAUCGGAGUGAAGGAGGAAUACCCUCCCCCAAAGGAAGAAGGGAAAUCGAGCCCGACCCAUCUUCCCCAGAAGAAUCCAGGAAGUUGGAUGGGCAAUGUUCAGGGCAAGGUGAUCCCUGGCCAAGAAGUCCACUCUCGGCCCGUCUCUGACAUCCUCCUCGGUCUCAAAAAUCCCCCGCCGGCAUCCCCCCUAAAGGCAGCUGGGCCGGGGAACCCAUGGCAGACUUUUGCCUCUCUCACUGGGGCCAUUCAGACACCAGAAGGGCCCCCCAGAAACCCAGGAACGACCGCUUUGAGCAAGCCCCAUCUCCCCAAGCCCGAGAUUGGGGCCUUCGUCCCAGACCCCGACCCAGCCCUGACCCCCCUCAGGUCAGUGACGAUCCAGAUGCCGUCCAGCUUGGCAUCGAGCAUUCACAACAGACUCCGGCGUUCAGAGAGGGCGCCGGGCCCAGCCAUGGGAGGUCGAGGGACAGGAAGCCCCACAGAGGCCAGAGACAAGGCGACGCAAACAGAGAUGCACGUGUCCAGCGGGGCCAGCUGUCCGAACUCCAAGCCCCACCAUCUCCCCAGAUCCAUCUCCCUGGACAGUGGCACCCCUGGGAUGACUUCUGGUUUCUCAUGCCCAGUCCUGGGGGCCCGGCAGGGCUACAGGAAUCACUGCCACCGCCACCACGGUCCUAUGGCCUGGCUGGGCCCCGAGGCUCCUUGUUACCCGGGCCACCGGUGCCUUGGCUGUGCCCACCUGGAAAUGCAGCUUGUGGAAUCGUUGCGCAUCCUGAAGGAGACUGCAGUGCCAGAGAUCUCUCCGGACAUGGCAGUGAUGAAGAACUUGUGUCAGACUUUCCGGGAAAAGCUGGAUGAAGCUGACCAGCACUUUACCCUCCAACAAGCCAUCUUUACCGGGGCCAUGGAAGAUGAAGCAAGGGAGGAGUGGCAGUACUUGCAGGCCCUUCGCCAGGCCGUGCGGCAGGAGGUGGCAGAACUGGAGUUCCAGCUGAACAAUCGGGCCCGGCUCACCCGCGAUGGGAUCCUGAUGCAGCUUGAACAACUCCUAGAGGAACAAUCCCGACUCUUAGCCAGCCUCCACCUCCCCGACUGGAGAGAAGAAAGCGAGACGCAGAUUCGGGCUCCUCCGUCAGAAAUCCCUGGGAAGCAGCCAGGGCCCUCAGGGUCACCGAACCCAGCUUCUGAUCACGAGGGACGAGGCGUAGAGGAGCCGGCUCACCCAUCCCCUGAGGCAGGGCCAAGACCACGUCUGUCACCUGACCCAUGGGGACCACACUCCCGUGGGCAGGAAGUCAGCGGCCAUGUCCAGAGAGGGAAAGGAUUCCUACAGUCACCUGCACAAGGUGAGGAAAACGUUCAGGAGUCUGUUUGGUCAUGAGGCAAAUGAAGGAG